GUUUUUCGCGCCAAUGCAACAGUUGUCCUGACAACAAGUCUCGAGCGCUGCUAUUUCAGUCAGUCAACAAACAAGCGUCUACAAGUAUCCUGCAGGAUGGAUAUAAAAUACGCAUUAGUUGAUUUCUUCACUGACAACACUAUUCAUAUAUGUGAACUAUCGCAAUUAAAACACAGAUGUAUGACAAAACUGAAUCCCGAUGCCAUUCACAAGUGGGACAAAAAUGAAGAGGCGUACAUUUUCUGGAAGAAGAGUUCCUCAUGCGAGCUCCAGCGCUGGCCUUGUCGAGUCAUCCAAUUCAGUGGAGAGCGCCAACCCCUAAUUGACACUAGGAAAAAAAUUGAAAAAGGGUGUGCCUUUGACAGAAUACCCCUCUUUGCAAAAGAAGAAUCGUUGGGGAAAGGGAGAAGAGAGAAAGUUAAAAGGAACUUCCCAGAUGUUGGUGAAACUUCAUUCCUGGACCAGGAAAAUGCACCAGUUACAGCUAAAAAAAAGAAGACCAAGAACAGUAUUCAGCAAAAGAUAAUGGCAGCUGUGAAAGAAAGUUGUUCUCAAAUUGUGGAACCAAGAGCUGUGAGAGGGCAGGAGGAAUCAUUUUCAUCAAGUCCCCUGUCACCUAAGCCAUAUGAGAGUUCAGACAAGGCUGAGAAGAUUAAAGAAUUAAAAGAUGAAAUAAAAGAACUACAGGAAGAUUUAAAAUAUGAGCUGCGCUUCAGGAUAAAAGCAGAGAGAGAACUGAGGGAGUGGAAAGAAAUUCAUGCAGUUGUGCAGGAGCUAAAAUGUACAGUUGGGGAAAUUAAGGGGAUGUGCAAUUCAAAAAAGAAACCUGACAUAUUGCAUAUGCCAUCAUCUUUUGAGGACACUGCUGGUCAAAACCAAGAACCACGCAUUGCUCAAGAAAGUGGGCAGGUAACUGAUUACAUCAACUUAGGAGAGGGGGUGACAAUAAAAAGAAGCCAAUUUGAGAGGAUCAACACCCAAGAUUUUAAAAAAUUUACAAGUGAGCUUCUCUUAGUGACCUUUGGGAGAGAAACUCUUGCCACACACUCUCUAAAUGGAAGAAAGGCGCCCAAUGCCGAUACCAGCAAGGAGGCACUUCCGGCUAACAAAGUGCUACAUCCAAAAACGGUUUCGUGUUUCCACAUCGGAGAUAAAGGCAGUCAUAAGAACCAAGCUUAA